UGUUUUACGUCCCCGUGCCCCGCCUCUAUUUUGGUUAUGUUCCUUAAAGAAUGUCAUCUGUUAAGGAAGUUUCCCCCUGGAUGAAAUGAACUGCAAUUUUUCUGUUUAAGUAAACACAUUAGGGGGAGUCUAUACUGUAUUAGCACGUUUUGAUAAAAUUUCCGUCAGAGUUCUUACCGUAAGAGAGGUGGCCCGGCACACGUCAAUGAAAAAAUGUUAACUUUACCCGGCAACUAAGUACUGCUGUCACCGUGACGCUGCAUUUGUUUACAAUUAGGCAAAAGUAACUAGUUUUGUUACAUAACAGUCCUAUGGCCGAUGAACAAGAACAACAGUCCCAGGGUUGGCUAACUGACUGGCUACCUUCAUGGUGCCCCACCUCAAUGUCUCAACUAAAAGCAACAGAAGCUAAAAUCCUACGCUGCAUACAGAAUACACUGUUAUCUUAUUAUGUCUCACUUCCAAGCAGAAAUAAAAUCUGGACUGUCACAGUUAAUCCAGACUGCCAUGCCAAGACACCGCUGGUCAUGGUUCAUGGGUUUGGUGGAGGAGUUGGACUCUGGGUCCAGAACCUUGAUGCACUGAGUAUGCACAGAACAGUCUAUGCCUUUGACUUGCUUGGUUUUGGAAGAAGCUCUCGGCCUCUGUUUAGUCGUGAUGCAGAGCAAGCAGAGGAGGAGUUUGUUCAGUCGAUUGAAGAAUGGAGAGAUGUGAUGGGCAUUAACAAGAUGAUCCUUCUUGGACACAGUCUGGGAGGGUUCCUGGCAGCCUCGUACAGCACUAAAUACCCUGACAGGGUAAAGCACUUGAUUCUUGUGGACCCAUGGGGAUUUCCUGAACGACCUACAGACCCCACUCAGGUGAGAAGUCCUCCUCGAUGGGCAAAGGCUCUUAUGACAGUGCUAGGACAGUUUAACCCUCUUGCAGUUUUGAGAGUGGCUGGACCAUGGGGUCCAGGGUUAGUGCAGAAAUUUCGUCCUGAUUUCAAAAGGAAGUUUGCUCAUCUGUUUGAGGAUGAUACAAUUGCUGAAUACAUUUAUCACUGCAAUGCACAAACACCUAGUGGUGAAAGUGCAUUCAAGUCACUGACAGAGUCUUUUGGUUGGGCAAAGCGGCCAAUGCUGUCUCGGAUACAUCUAAUUCGGAAAGAGUUGCCAAUCACACUGAUCUAUGGUGCAUACAGCUGGAUUGACACCAACUCUGGGGAAGAGGUGAAGAAACAGAGGCCAUAUUCCUAUGUCCGAACAAUAGCCAUCGAUGAUGCUUCUCACCAUGUAUAUGCUGAUCAGCCACAAGAGUUCAAUGCCGUAGUGGAAGAAGUGUGUAGCUCUUUGGACUAAGUUACUUGCAGAUAUUGCCUUAAUGUUAAUGAAGCAUCCAUAUUUGACAUUUGUGGAUGAUUUGAUGUAUUCAGGGCAGUGGCUACUUGUGGCACAUAUCUCUAAAAAGUUGGCCUAACCACAAGUAAUUACCCCAUUUUCUUUUGCAGAAUUGAGAAAUCCCUCCAUAUCCCACACUGUAUUUGUUUAUUGAGAUGACGUAGGUUAAAAGAAAAAAAAAAAAAACAAAACAAAGGAAAGUCUGAUGUUUCUGUUUUGUUGUAUACAAGUCAUAUUUUUUGUCAAGUGCCAAGAGAACCAUAUAAAAUACAGAAUAUCUUUGCA